GACAAAGGAACAACCAAGAUCAUCUUUAAUCCAAGUCUCAGAGUCUUCACCUUUUCAAUUGCGCCAUUUUUUUAUGCAACUCACAGGAAGGUCUGCACCCAGUUACGACCUUUGAUUUAUGGUAUAUCAUUAUCGACGAUGUUCGUUCCGUCCGGGUUUUGGAUAUGGACGUAGACCAAUUAACUUUGCUUCUCAUCAAUCAGAUUACUGAUCACCGUUGUUGCCCUUACAAUCGAUCCAGUUCAGCCUGACUGAAACUAGAAGAAAAUGACGUUGAAAUAUGUCUGGUUAGAUGUAGAUCCGGGACAUGAUGAUGCCACUGCACUUAUGAUGGCCUGUCAAUUAGAGAAUAUCAAGCUUCUUGGAGUAUCCAGUGUUCACGGCAAUGCGUCCGCUGAUUGCACUGCCAAUAACACUGCAAGGUGUCUGCACGCAUUUGCUGCACCUUCCGAUGUUCUUGUAUAUCCUGGCGCAUGCAAGCCGUUACUUCGACCCACAAAACACGACCCUGAAAUUCAUGGAGAAGAUGGCCUAGGAGGUGUUGUAGGGCUCCCUUCAGCUGAUAGUCCUGAAGUUAAGGCACGAUUCGCUCGGAAAGUCGAUGGGUCAUUGAUCCAUGCCAUCGAGGGAAUGGCAACAGCCAUCAAGGACGCAUGGCGCAAUGGUACUGGACAUCAAGUAUCAGUUGUUUCCUCUGGACCAAUGACGAAUAUUGCCCUAUUUGUCAGCGUCUAUCCCAACCUCAUGGAAGCAGUGGAGCAGUUUGUAUUUAUGGGCGGAGGUGUGGGCGUUGGAAAUAGAUCUGCCGUCGCAGAGUUCAAUAUUAUGUGUGACCGUGCGUGUCUUAUUGAAAUAUGUUACGGUGCCUGUCUUGAUCCUCUAUUAGCUGAGGCGGCUCAGAUUGUCCUCGAUGCUCCAGUCAAGACUGUCAUGAUACCCAUAAAUGUCACACACACGGCGAUUGUCACCUCGGCUAUCCAUUCCCGCCUGAGAUCACCCCAUCUACCUUUCCUGGAUGGCGUGUUGGCACAUCCGUCCACCAAUCUCCGAGGCACUCUGUCUUCUGUCAUUAGUUUCUUUGCAGGAACGUACAAGUCAACAUUUGGUUUCGAUCAAGGUCCUCCUCUCCAUGAUGCAUUGACCAUCACAUAUGUGUCCCAUCCCGAGUUCUUUAGAGCUCAACGUUUCAGAGUGGAUGUGGAGUUACAUGGUAAGCACACGGCGGGAGAAACAGUCAUCGACGUCUGGAAUUAUCGGAUAUGUGAUGACUCAUGGGGCUCUAAUGGGAAGAAUUGCGUUGUCGCCCAGUCAGUUCAGGUCGACCAAUUUUUUGAAUUGCUUUUGGAAUGCGUCUCCCGAUGUGAUGCCAUAUCUCCGCUCAACGUACAACAACAAUGAUAAUUUACAGCACCCUCACACUUCUGAUCGACUUGCGACCGUUCUCUACAUCUACUCACGCUCUACUACCAUUGCUGAAGAUUUAUUCUUUUCGUGUAUUCAAACGCGAUGCGCCUUAUGACCAGUACAUACCCCAUAACAGUCGAGCGCUUUCAAUAAGGUUGUUCUUGAAUCCCUGUCAAAUCAACAUCU